AAUUUUUGUCGACAGUAUAAAGCUCGUUACAAUCAAAAUUUGUACUCAAACCUGCUCCAAUUUUGCCUUUGUUCUCUUUUGCCACAAACAUGGACGGAGGAGAGGCGACGAUUAUGAAAGUUAAGAAGAAAUUGGACAGUGAUUCCUUAGACGAAGAUAAGAUUUUAAAAUAUUUAAGAGCUUUAGAUGAAAUAGUCAUUGGAUUUGAAAUACUAAAGUCUACUGGCAUAGGAAAAUCUGUAAAUAACUUGAGGAAACGAGGAGGAAGCAUUGCCCUUUUGUCGAAAGCUUUAGUCAAGAAAUGGAAGAGUUUGGUUCCAGUUGAAAAUUGUAGCCCACUUAAAAAAGGCUCGCCAUUGAAUACCCUACAAUCAGAUUUUAAAACAGAACAUUGCAAUGUCACAACAACACCAACAAAACACUCACAAAAUAGCCCAAAAAAAGAGAUGAAAGUAAAACAGAAAGAGAAAUUGGUGAAGGAUGAUAAAAGAUCGGAUCAUCAUGAAAAUAAAUCGGUUAAAAAGCAAAAGACAGGCACGAUGCAACUCUGCGAUCUUGGCUUCGUUUCUGAAACUCGUGUCUCCAGUCCGAAGAAAAAACUCAAGACUAAACAUUCAGAGUUAAUGCUGGCAAAACCUGCGAGUCCUACCUUGCCGAGCGCUGAAGAGAUUGGCGCAUCAUUACUGCCUGAUAUUCAACCUAAUUACAUUCCCCAAAGAUUUCCGGACUAUUUAGACGACUCCUCGCCACGCAAACGAAAAGCCGUUUCUACAGACAUUCCUGCGGACUUGCUUUCGUCAAGAAAGUCAAGGACUCAAGUCUUCUCUGGAAGACGGACAGCGAACAGAUCAGGAGUCGUCGUUUCGUUGCACGAGAUUUGUAUCAAGAUUUUAAUCGAAAAUGUCGAAGCGCUGUUUGAUACUGGCGGGGUUCCAUUUGACAUUUUGGAGCCAGUUUUAGCCAAAUGUUCUCCGGCCCAAUUGUGGAAUUUGGAAGAAUAUAACCCGUAUUUCACAGAGGACACUGGUCCGUUAUGGAAGGUUCAUUGUCAACGAGAUUUUAAGGAAACCUCCACAAUGAAACAUGACGACUGGCGUGCAUUGUAUUUGGAAAAACACGAAGGACGAGAGAAGAAAUUGAAGUCAAUUGACGCGAAAAUCAAGGCUUCACAAGCCGCAAAACAACAAGUUCGACAAGUAAAAUUGGCGUACGUGCACACACAAGCGAAGGCUCCCCCUCAGGUGAGACGGAGGCAGGUGAAACAUGGCACUGGGCGUGGUUUUGUGAUCGCACCACCAUCCAUCAUUCGCCCCGCCAGAGUAUCGUCUACGUCAUCAAGCACGUCAGCAAUGACGUCAUCAUCAAGAGUACCUAUCGUAUCAGCUAGGAAACCAAAGCAAACAACUUUGAUGAAGAAAGUGAAGCAAAUGGGAAGCAUGCAUAGGUCAAGAGCAAAUUCGUCGAUCAUACGAAGGUGAUGAAAGAGAUCUUUGCUUGGAUAAAGAUCACCGAUUAGCUGCGUGGGACUGGUUCAAAAGACACGCCGAAGACCUUGUAAGCUGUUGAGAGGGGAUAAUUAGGAGUGAGAGUGGAUAACAUGUUCAACGGCUGAUGUUGGAACCAGGAAAUUUGAACUUUGUUUGACUUGAAUAUUGAGUGGCAUUUAUACGUAUUCAAGUACAAGACUAUCAAAACUGUUUGUGCUUGGUCAGUGAAGCACAUCUACUCACGAUCCAGGGUCAGGCCUAUCAGGAUAGGGCACGGGGGACAAAUGGAGGACGGGGGCCCACAUGCUUUGUGGACGCCCAUAAAGAAGUAUGAAACUUUUACAAAGUGAUUGCUACAGCAAGGUGCAACCUGCGAGAUUUUGGAUUUAAUGAAUCAAAUGUAAAAUAGAAAUUGCUCAAUGAAAUUGAAUCUGAUUUAUAAUGAAUGAAAUAAAAAAACU